AUGCUUGAAACGAUAAACUACGCCAAUAUACUACUCGAUCAUUCUGCCCAACAAAUCGCUUACGAUUUCAAGUAUAUGCGAUCAGACAGCGAAACCCCAGAACUUCGCAAGAUGUUCGAGAAAAAUGAAAAGGCAGAAGAGUUCUCACUGGAUUCAAUCCAGCAAAGCGAUAUAUCAUUGGCGAAAAUUCGAUCAGUUCAAAUCAUUUCAUUCCAAAUUCAAAUAAUUUUUCGAAAAUUGACCGAGGAUCUGGGAGUACGAAUGUCGGCUCCUUCUCAUGGCAGUUCUCGUUAA